AUGUGGACUUGGUGCCUUCAUUCUACCACUCUUCUGCUUGGCUGCGCCCCCCUGAUUUGCUCAUACCGCUUGAGCUAUGAUGCUGACGAGCUGCAGCCCACGGUGGACUUCAAGUUCAUGACCGAGGACACGAGCUACACCGGGCGCAGCAAGACCAUCCUCCGCUCGGUCUCUCAAUGGGUUUGGAACGAUCGGUCUGAAGGCAAGGUCAAGGAGGAGAUUGUGGAAGGGCACACGUGUCAAAACUUUGGGCGCCGAGAAGAGACGUACUACGCUUCCAGCUUUUGCUACUGGGCUCCCGAGAUUCCUGACGAGCCGAGGUCAGACCCGAUGCUGGUGUGGCUUGGGGGUGCUGAGCCUUCAGGUGCGCGCCUUCACUCUGCUUACGGCGUCAGCCAAGGCAAGUGCAUAAAGGCCACGGUCUGCCACAACAACGCUCAGUCGAAGGACGGAGAAGUGACCAUGUCUUCUUGGGAUCAUCCGGAAGAAGUGCCGCUGCCCGCAGGCUGCGUUGGUGAGAACGAGAUCUUGCGGACGUGUGAGGCGACCCUGGCGAAGAACAACCCGGAGCUGAAGGCGAAGGUGGAUAGCUGCAGGGAUGUCGAGCAUCGACACACCAGAGCAGCGGAUGCCCUCGAGGCAUGCUUGGCUGCUCUGCGGGAUUUGCCCAACGAGAUUCACGACCGAAUGCCGGAGAAGAUCGCCGACCAGAGGUCAAACAUGUACUCUCAGUGUGACGGCUUCAGCACGCGCUCCCAUCCAUGGUGCUCGCGGGGCGGGGAGGAGGGCGACGACGACGAGUACGAACGCUGCCAGGAGUGCUAUCGUGCGCACACCAGCCUCGACUUCAAGGAGCGUCGCACGAGAGAAGCAGAAAGUGAAUUCCGAGAAGCGGAAGAGCAGCUCCAGUCGCUUCAGUCGCAUCUGCGCAGGUUAGAGGAGCAGCUCAGAAGCAACCAGGCAAAGGAACCCUCUUUGACGCAGGCCAAGCAGUCCAUGGACCAGGAGUGGUUGCCGCAGAAGGAGGAGUGCCAUGCGGCAUUUCAAGACUUUGAAGGGAAGGAGCAACACUUCAUUCCGGAGUGUGCCCGGGGCAGGUAUGAUGAAUCCUGCGAGAAGUCCUGCUUAGAGUCCCAGCGUGCAGGCAGGGGUGGGUGUGGGGUCGUCGAAGGCAACGAACACGGGACAGCACAUGUCCGCGGUGGCAUCAAGGUGCCGUGUGCCCCGCCUCAGCCUUCCUGGAUCUUGGGGUCUCCAAAGUAUGCCAAUCCAGAAUCCGCGGAGGAGCAGUGCCAGAGGAUCUUGCAAGUCCAGCAGCCACAGUUUGCACAGAGCAUCGUGAAGGCAGGCUGGCUCGAGAAGCAAGGCAGCAUGUACCGCUGGAGCAGGCACUUCGCCGUGUUCGAGUCUUCUGAUGCAGUUCGCUCGGCGGCUCUUCGUUUGUUCAAGGAUGACCCCUCUACCGAUGACAAAGUCGCAACCUCCGCACAGGCGAUCUUUCUUUGGGAUGCCAAGAACGUGGAGGCCAAGGACGGCAAAGCGUACAGGUUCAAGAAUGGAGUCAAGUGCUUCAAGCUCCACCACUUCUACACGACGUACCCAUUCUGCAUUAAAGAAGCUGCGGACCCAUCGGCUGAACAAGCUGAGUGGAUGAACUUGAUCAGCUCCAGCAUGAACUUUUCAGACUGGAAGUAG